CGCAGGCGCAGAGGCGGCUGCACCGCAGCGUCCCAGCGCGAGUAUCCGCCGCCGAUGUCUCGCAAGCAGGCGGUGAAGGCCCGGCCGGGGAAGGCGGAGGCGGAACGCAGGAGGGAUGAGCGGUCGGCGCGGAGGGCUCAGGCUCGCGAGAGGCGGAACCGGCCUCAGGCGGAAGGCGAAGGAGUCGGGACCGCGGGCGGCCUGGCCGGUCAGCUCCAAGGGCUGGGACUGCGCCUCAGGGAGGUCCCGGGCGACGGCAACUGUUUGUUUCGGGCUCUCGGGGACCAGCUUGAAGGACACUCCCGGAACCACCUCAAAUACCGCCAGGAAACAGUGGACUACAUGAUAAAGCAACGGGAAGACUUUGAGCCUUUUGUGGAAGAUGACGUUCCCUUUGAGAAGCACGUUUCCAAUUUGGCACAGCCUGGCACUUUUGCGGGCAAUGAUGCUAUUGUAGCCUUUGCAAGGAACAAUCAAGUGAACGUUGUUAUCCACCAACUGAAUGCCCGUUUGUGGCAGAUUCGAGGAACAGACAAAAGCAACGCCCAAGAGCUUCACAUUGCCUACCGGUACGGAGAGCACUACGACAGUGUUCGUAAAAUCAAUGAUAACUCAGAGACUCCUGCCCGGUUGCAGACAGAGAUGCUAUGCAAAAAUGAAUCAAAUAAAAAAGAAAACCUCCAACUCAAGAAGGCGGAGGAGGAAUCUGAAGAGGAGAUACAAGAUGAAAUCGAGGAUGCGGUGCAGAAAGUCCGGAACGCAACUGGCUGUUUGGAUUCUGACCUAAUUGUCCAGGUCCUUCAGUCAGAGAACUAUAGCAUCGAAUCUGCCAUAUUUGCCAUUCUUCAAAUGAAUGAAGUGCAACGGCUGCAUGAUGAGGAAGCCCAUGAGUCUCAGGCAAACCAGCAGAAGUCGCCUCCCCAGUCAACCCUAUGGAAGGAGAACGGAAGCGGUGCCCGAAUUUUUGGAACUCAGGGCAUAGCAAACAAGGCCCCCACAAGCCUUGCAGAAGAAAACCAAAGCAGUAAAAAGCAGGCUCCCAAGGUGUCCAACAAGCAAAAGAAGGAGCAGCAGCGGCAGGAGAAAAAACGCCGUCAGGAAGACCGGCACCGGCAAAAAGUCCUGGCCAGCAAGAGCAACAACGUGGACAAUAACAAGAGCAGGGCCGACUCUGAGACCCAGGUCACCCUGGUGAAGACCGUAGCUGCUCUGAACAUCUGAUUGAAAGGACUUUCUGGGAACCGGCAGGGAAGACGGAACUGAAAUGCCUGAGCUCGGCAAAGCAAACCACCCUCUUAAGAGCAAAUAUUUCACUUCUGGUUUGGUUUCUAAGCUGUGGUGGUUGCUGUCUGAUUCAGAUGAAGCGGAUCGUUGACCUUGCUUGAGAAUGGCAAUAAAGGACAGGUGGGGGAGCAGUUGCUGCCACUGGAGGGUGAACCGCUGGGCCCUAUAAGCAAAAUCCCCUUGUGGGUUCUCUGGCUGCAAACCUCAUGCAGCUUUCCCCAUAGUUGCUUCCAGUUUUUUUUAAAAAUGUACAUUAAUUUAAAGAAGUCUUCAUGAGCAUGUUAAGUGUCCCUAACUCAGGAAUGUGCCCUCCCUUUCAGCAAAGCAAAUAGAAAACUCUUCCCAGGUUCUAUUCCAAAGCAAAACUCUGCCAAAGGUUGUACUGGAAACAAGUCUGUCAAGAUGCUUCUUUUAUUCUGUUUAGUUGUUUAACUCCAGGCAGAGCUUGUGGAAUUGAUGCUGACUUGUGAGGGGAGGGGGGGCAGGGAAGCAGAGCAGCUACUUCACUAUAAAACAGGAGAAGGUAUCCUGCCUAUACUUGGUGGUGUGGCACGUCUGUGCCACAGAACAAGAAGGGGAGAACGGCUGCUCCCUGUCUUAGCAGGUGGGAUUAAUUAAAAAGAGAUGCAGUGAGAGGGAUGCUAGCAGUGAUAAGAGGUGAUCCGUGGUCUAGCCUGAUCACAUGGCACUCUUAGGAACGCAUACAGGAGAAGCAGACCAAUUCCCAGAAGCGUUAGUCCUCAUGACAUCUUGGACCUGUCCAGUUUGUGCAAUAAGAGCAGUGUCUUGUAAAACGGACAGGAGUGGCUAAAUAAUAUAGCCCCUGGGGGCCUUCUGAAGUGCAGCCAACUUAACUGAGAAAGGCUGAUGUUGGAAAGGGGGGAGGAAAAUCCCCCUCCUUCCAUAGUUAGUAGAACUUGACAGAAACGAGGCAUGGGAUCUUAAAUGCCUACCCAAGCAGGCUUUCCUUUGCAACAUUAAACAUUUCUUUUUACUUUUGAGUGUUACAGACACAAGUUCAAAGAUAAUGGGAACUCAAGUCCUUCCUAUUUGUCAAAUCUAUGUUCUGACAGUAAUCAUGACAGCAGACUUUCCAGUUGUACUAGUUUCUGGUUUUUGUGCCUGGGUUUCCUUAACAGGGUUAUUUUAUUGCUGGGAACGAAAGUUCCAGCAGUAAUCAGGUCAUGUUAGAUGAACGCCUAGGGCAGGCAGCAGCAAAGUGUUUCUUUUUUGGAGUAGGGGGGAGGGCGGGCAGAGGGGUGUGCUUUAGAGUUGCCUUAUUGAAUGGGUCUAGUGUGCCUUUAGCAGUGGACGUGGAGGGAGAAUGCUGACUUGCAGUUUUUCCCUUUUGCUGUACUGCAGUGAGGGGAAAAUGCGGCACGCUUCUCUUGGCAUAGCUUGGGAUCAGGAGUUAAUUCUGCAGAUCUCUGUUAACAAAAAUGUAGAUUCUAUUUAACAGAAGUGCCAUUCGGAAUAAAUGGAAGCCCAGGCCAUGCGCCCAACGGAAUGCAAUUUUAGUUUCUAGCUCUUUGAUGGAAACCUUUGGUGGAAGUGAUGUCACUUGCACUUCCUACCAUCUGAACUGUUCGAAAGUGAAGUCCCGAAGAAGUUUAGCGAAUGAUUCAUUCCUCCCUUGUGCUCCCAACUGAGGCUGUGGCUUGGCUUGAGGUCCCCAGAUAGUUCUACCACUCUGAGAACUGAGCCUGUUGCUCAGCCUUCUCAGUAAUUUGAAAAAAGCAGUCAUUGAUUAUUGACUUAGGAAGGGGUAAGUAGCACAAUUCUAGGUUUAUGGCAGUUUGUUGCACAGACAUAAGAUGCACUGAUUGAAGGGAUAAUAGUGCCAUGUUUUUGUGGUUAUCUCAAUAAACUUGUCCUCAUUGAGGCUCACGUCUAACUGAACCCA